CAGUGAGCAUGGCCUAAUUUGUUAUACCAUUCUAGUUUUCAUAGGAGGAGAACUGGCUACUUCCGUAAACAAAUGAUAGAAUAUCAACGUGGGUUUAUAAAUCUAUCUUUUCAAAGGCGAUGACUUCAAGUGCCCCAGCGUUCUGGGGUGGUAAAGAUGGAUUGAGAAGUAAAAAGGCAGAUGAGUGGUCCAACACAUUUGUUUCUACGCUUGGCUUGAUUGACCGUGACCUGAGCCUGUUAUAUGAUGGGGUUAAGACUGAUGAGGAUGUUCCAGCGUUAGGUUUAGCUAAGGAUGAUCAAGAAGCCAAUGAGUUAUCUUUGCACGAGGUUUGUGACAAAUUUGUUGCUCAUUGUGAAAAGGCGGUUGAUAUGUUGAGUGAACCCACUAAUGGAACAGUGAGACUCUCUCUUGGAAAGUUGCUUGCAGUUGUUCGAAGGUGUCUUCAGGUUACACACAACGAUGUGCAUUCAAUUCCAUCAAUGAUCACACUGUCAGAACUUCUACCAACCGUACACAUAUCAAUGUUGAGCCUGAUAUCACAGUUGAUUCUGUGCUGUAGGACUGUCUUAAUGCCUAAGAGUCGAUUGAUUAUAGACCUAUGCUUGAAUGCUUUGACGUCAAUGACAAACUUGAAGGAGCCUCUCAAAAGCCAGACCAGAAGCAGUAUUUAUAAUGUUCUGACUUUACUCAUUGAGACUCUGGGAUGGAGCGGGCAUCUGACUUCACAACUGAAGACCCUGACACAGGAAUUAAUAUCAGAUAUAAAACUGCAGAGAGAGAUUCAAAAACAGCCUCUAACUCAAGACAAGCAGGAUGUCCUUGGAAGAAAGAAAAAGAAAGGGAAAAAGAUCAACAAGGCUGAGUCUUACAGUGAACUGACUGUCAUCAAUGAAGCGUCUGCUGAAGACAAGGGAAAUAAAUGUGUUUCACCUACUGGCGCCACAUUAGCAGCUCUAAAAUUAUCAAGGCAAGCUUUACAAAAUGUGGAAUUCAUUUUUGUGGAAAACAUUAUGCAUUGCAUCCUUGAGACUGGGAAACUCUUGCAACGUGAAGAACCUCCACAGAGCUCCCCAUACUUUGGUGUGGCUUGCAGGAAAGAGCUGUAUAGCUGUAUAUUUUCCUGUGCUUUGGUUUUCUUAGGCCCUGGCUGCUCUCGAAAGAAAGUAAUUACUCACUUUCAGAUGUCCAAUACCUCCAUAAAUUUACUUCGGGAUGGAAUGUUCGAGGAUGUAUCUUUUGAGGUUCAGAAGACUUGUAAAGAUGUGUUAACACUUUGGAAAUUAACAUCACAUUUAAACAGACCUAUAGUUAGACGAAUUUUACCAGAUGAUUGUACUGAGAAAGAGGACAUCCUGGAGGUGGAGAGAGAGAAGCAACAGCUGUCUGAAGAAAAUGAACAGCUACGGCAACGGCUGGUCAGCAUGGAGAUGGAGUCCAAACAACAGAGUCGCCUUGUAGCCUCUCUGCAGCAGGAACUGAAAGACAUUAAAAGAAAGAGAGCUGAUGAGCUCUUUGAGCUGAAAGAAACCAAUCGAGUCUGUGAUGAAGAACAGGAAGACGAUGACUGUGACACAUUGAAUCAUGCUGAUCUCAGUCAGUCUCCUGUCACUACACACAAAACAGAAGUGACUGUAGAUUCCCAACUUUGUGCAGUGGAAGAAAAUAUGGAAAUUGAGCUGCAAAAAGAAUCGCCUAGCCCUGUGGCGCAGGAUAAGAGAGACUCCUCGGAAGUACCAAAUUUAGAAGAAACUAAAACACCAUUAAAAAGAAAACGUGAGAAACCUAAACAAGAGCAAGAAAGUAAAAAGACAAAGAAACAGCAGGAUACUAACAACAUCACACCACAGAGUGACAAUGAGAGUCUACAAGCCAUGAUUUCAGAUUUUAUCGAUGCAGAACCAGAUAUUCUGUGAUCACUUCACUAAAAAAAUUGUUAUUUGCUGUGUCAAUAAAUUUAGUUGAAUGUAACAACA